AGUUGGGAGAGGCGGACGCACCGUUACGCACCAGACCAACUACUGAAACAAAUAAGCGAAAGGGAUAAAUAUACUUAUUUAUAUAUACAACUUUACGAACUGAUCACUUCUUCUGUGUUAAAUGGAUACCGGUUGUUUCUCCGCGGCGCAGCGUAUCUCGUGCCACACCAUGAAUGCGGAUUUAUUUAAGCCUGUUCCGGAGCGUGGACCCCAACAGUCCUCUGUCCCGGUGAAAACCAGCAGGAAUAAACCCGAACAAAUCAAACCGGAGCUGGCCCAGGUGGUGACAGACUCCAAGACGGGAAGAUCUUACAGCAAAGGGAAGCUUUUGGGAAAGGGUGGCUUUGCUCGAUGCUACGAGAUGACAGACCUCUCCAACAACAAAAUGUAUGCCGUGAAGGUGAUUCCACAGAGCAGGGUGUCCAAACCACACCAGAGGGACAAGAUUACGAAUGAGAUCGAGCUGCACAAAACCCUGUCACACAAGCAUGUGGUGAAAUUCUCUCAUCAUUUUGAAGACCAAGAAAACAUCUACAUAUUCCUUGAGCUCUGCAGUCGGAAGUCCCUAGCACACAUUUGGAAGGCCAGACACACUCUCACAGAGCCAGAAGUGCGAUAUUACCUCAAACAGAUCAUAUCCGGCCUCAAGUACCUCCACAGCAGAGGCAUCCUACACAGAGAUCUCAAACUAGGCAACUUCUUUGUCAACGAGAACAUGGAACUGCGGCUGGGAGACUUUGGCCUCGCCGCCAAGCUGGAGACAGUCGAACAGAGGAAAAAAACGAUUUGUGGGACUCCCAACUAUUUGGCCCCCGAGGUGCUCAACAGACAGGGCCAUGGCACAGAGUCUGACGUUUGGUCUCUUGGAUGUGUCAUGUACACACUGAUGUGUGGCAAUCCUCCUUUUGAGACCCUUGACCUGAAGGAGACUUACAAGUGUAUAAAGGAAGUUCGGUACAACCUGCCCUCCACGCUUUCCCCCGCUGCACAGAAACUCAUCUCAGGCAUUCUGCAGAAAAACCCCAGCGACAGACUUUCACUGGAUCAAAUCCUCAACCACGAAUUCUUCACCAAAGGUUUCACCCCUGAUAAGCUUCCCCCCAGUAGCUGUGUAAUGGUGCCAGAGCUCCACCCCCCCAGCCCUGCCAAGAAAUUCUUCACUAAAAUGGCCAAGAGCUUCUUUGGCAAAAAGAAAGCAAAAGUGGAGAAGAUUCCAUGCGAGGAAAAAGAUGACAAAGACAUUUCCAAGCUGGUGUCUGGCAUUGUGAAAUGUUCAAUCAAACACCAGAUCAGCUACAAGACAGUGGGACCCAAUGAGGUGCCCUCUCCCACCGGUCAGCUGGUCAGCUCUGUGCCUCUGGAACAGACUCCUGCAGAGGAGGAAUCCAGGAAAUCAAUCUCUCGCUCCUUCAAGGGCACCAUGGCCAGCAGCACUGAACCAUGCGAGGAUGUCUUGACCCCUGCAGCUGUUGCUGAAUCGGCCAUGAAAGUUCUCAACGGCUGCCUGGCCACCAUGCCUGCAGCCACCAGAAACCCACCCUGUUUGUCCAGACCUCAGUCCUUCCUGUGGGUGACUAAAUGGGUCGACUAUUCAAACAAAUAUGGUUUUGGCUACCAGCUGUCGAACCAAAGUAUCGGCGUUCUCUUCAAUGAAGGAACACAUCUCAGUCUUUGUGACCAACGCAAGACAGUCCACUACUGCUUGACCAACAACAAACACUUCAGUUUCCCUGCCAACUCUCUACCUGAGCAACUUCGCAGCCAGAAACAAAUUGUAGAGCUAAUGGCCAACUACAUGGAACAGAACCUCAUGGAGGGUGGAGAUCUGCAUUGUGAGGAACAGGUCUCUGGUGCUCCUCCUCUGCUGCUCCAGUGGGUGAAGACUGACCACGCGCUUGUCAUGCUCUUCAACAACGGCACUCUACAGGUUAACUUCUACACAGACCACACCAAACUCAUCCUGUGCAAGUCAUCUGAUGACUCCUACUUACUCACCUACAUCAGCCGGGAACGCGUCUCAUAUACUUACCUCCUCAGCAUGCUUAAUGAGAUAGGCUGCACCUCCGAGCUACGACACCGACUCCGCUAUGUGGUGCAGCUGCUCCAACAUCACGCUGAUGCCUGAGAGCAUAGCUCUGUGCCUCCCAGGCUGCCAGAGCAGCAGAUGCCUUAGAGGCAACCUGACUGGUUGACACCUUUUUUUUUUUUUUUAAAUUUCUUUUUCUUUUUGGGGCAGCCUGACUGGUUGAUAUCAUUUUUCAAUGCAGUGCUGGGAGGGGCUGAAGCCUGUUUAGUUGACGGAUGGAAGGCUGCUCAACUCCUCUGAGCAAUAUUCUUGCCUCGACUGGUGCUUAGGCUGCUGAUUAUCAAACUGACUGACCUUGAUGAACAUCAAGCAGUCAGGAAGUUGCCCAACGCAGCAUCUGCCUGAAGGGUUUGUGCCUGUCCAGCUUAUGCCUAAAAGGUAUCCACCUGGAAGGUAUUGCUACCUAAAAUAAGAGACUCCUAAAUGGCCUGAAAUGAUGGAUUCCUCACAGGCAGAUGCCUAAAUGAACACCCAAACUCCCUAUUACCUUCCCUCACUCACUCAGUCAAAACCACUGCUUCUUGGCUGGAUCUUUUAAAGCCACCACCCAACCCUGCAGCUUUCAGCUUCCCCUGAUAUCCGAUAACCCAGGCAUGGUUUCUCAAAGAUAUCUAAACACUAAAAUUGUCCUCUUUGCUUGCAACGGAACAAGGAUAAUCUUGCAGCUGGAAUGCUUUCAGCUCCAUUUUUCUAAAAGUAUUUUGGCAGCAAGGUCAUUUAUCCCGUUGACUUGCACUGGACCUAUGAUCUUACAGCAGAGAUGCUUUGGGAAGAAGUGCGGUUUGAUUGGGGGGGGGGGGGGGGGAGAGAGAGAGAGAGAGACCCUCCUACCCUCGGUUGGUUUCUGGCCUCUUUGGACUAUGGUGCACACAUUCAUUUUUUUCCCCUCCUUUUUAAAACAAUUAUGAGCCAGCUAUAGGAUCACACUACGAUCUUGACCUCACAUGCACAAAUAACAUUCCUGGCCUUAUUUGAUGAUGGUGAUGCUAAAGUUUGGAGAGUCAUUGCUGCUUCUGCUCCAACAUCACUUUUGUGUUUUGUUAGAUAAUCAUCAAUAGUCAAGUUUCACUGACGUGGUACACAGCAUAUUAAAGGGGCUAUGGGAGCGACACAUUUUUGCACUUUUUCCUUUCUUUUCUUUGUAAAUUCAUCUGGAAAGCAAAAUCUUUUACUACCCACUUGUUAUAUUUUAUUUGUUUUUAACUAGAUACCAAAAGGCAUUUUCUUUGUUGGUUUUUUAAAAAAAAUGAUUCAGUUUUAAAUUCACGUAUAGUAGGUGAAUGUGAGUGUGCGUGCGCCACACGUGCUGGUAAUCAAAACUGUUGGAAUAUGAGGUUUGGGAGGUUGGGGGAGGGAUAAAAGUGCCUUUCUGAGGGAUGUCUGUUUAGUGCAAUAACAGCCCUUUGUGAAUGUCAAGCUGGAUACAAACAAGAUUUGAGAUGGGUUUUACAGGUGGGAUUUACUUUUGUACUUGGAGUCAAGUUUAAAAGUAAGUCCACUAGCACUACACUCUCACUACCUGGUAUAAGCUUUUAGAACAACUGGUAUCAUAAGUAUAUAUCCCAGUAAUAUCUACUAUGGAAAAAAAAAAAGAAAACAUUGUACUCCGUUGUACUGUACUGUAAUCCUUAUCGGUUUACAUUGCUUUCUCGACCCAGAGUUGUAUCCUAAAAACUGUGACCUGGAAUGCAAGUAUUACGUACGUGUUUUCAAAAAACCCAACAUUGUGAAAGCCAUCUGCCAAUUCAGAAAGAGUCUUUAUUUUUUGGCACAUAAUGUCCUGUUUAUUUAUUUUUAUUUAUACAUGUUUUUUAUUUAUUGUGUAAAUGUUAUUGUCUUGACACGAGGAAUUCCGAUCACCUUUUUGUAUUGUAACGUAUUUGGGGGGGGAAAUGGGACAAAAAUAAAGUUUAUUGAAAAUGA